GCUAAAUAUGCGAUUUUGUAAAAUAAAUUUUGAGAAAUCCAAAAAAUCGUAUAGUCGGGCGACACAACACGGCGCGGUAAUACGUCGGGCGGCACAAGGCGACGGCGGCGCUUAUACACAAUAAAUAACACAAACGUAAUUCACAACGAUGCGACAGUAGACGAAAGAAAACAUUGAAAAUGAGAACAACAAAAACCAAGCAAAAACGUUUCAUUGUCAUCAUAUAAGUAGUUGUGGUGUUUGCUUUAAUUAAUAUGAAAGAAAAAAAUCAUUGCCUUUAACGAUUUUAAAAGAAAUCACACACAACUUGUUUAAAUCUUAUUAGUGUUCAGUGCUCCCGUUAAGCGUAGAGAGUAGUUUUGUUGGUGUCUUUUUUUUUGGUUCUUUCUCUUUUCAUGCGUUUUGUGUGUGUGUGUGUGUGAAAAAUUUGCCUUCCUCCAAUUGGAAUUUGGAAUUCAAGGCGAACAGUGGCCGAGAUUGUUUCUAAUGUGCAGUGAUUGUGUACGAAAGCGACUAAAAAGAAAACAGAGUGACUUUAUUUAAACAUUUUCUAAGGCUUUAUAAGAAAAAGUUGUUAAACCAAAGCCAUUGCUUAGCUACAACGUAUGGUAGUAUAUCUCCAUACUCAUCAGAAAUGAUAAAAUGCCUUUAAUGAAAUGCAAGUGCUCACAUGACGACCAUGUCGUCGCAGCCAGUAUGCAAAAUGCGACAAAUAUUACAGCCAGAACAAAAAAGAUAGCACCACUAUUGGUGGAGCAUCAACUUAACCAGCAUUCCUCCAAUAAUACAAUAAGCUCAAAAUGCUACGAUUGUUGGCGGGGCCACACUGCUGCUGCUGCUGCUCAUUGUCACCCACCAACUACCACCCAUACCACCAAUGCAAACGAGAAUCACUCUCUUUGGCGUCAUUUUUCUUUGUUGUUCCUCCCAAAGUCUGCAGCAUGUGCCGGCAACAAAGUAGUUAGCAAAAGUGGUCGCCAUCAUCAUACCGGUGUUGGUGUCGGUGGUGGCAGUCUGGCGUCUGUUAACAUUACUUUAUUCCUGCUUAUAAAUUUGUUGCUGAAAACUUGCUGUGGCCAAUUGCUGAUAAAUGUACAAAAUCAAGGCGGUGAAGUUAUACAGGAGAGCAUUACAUCGAAUGUCAGCGAAGAUCUGAUAACUUUGGAGUUCCAAAAGACCGAUGGUACAUUGAUAACACAGAUAAUAGAUUUUCGAAAUGAAGUUCGAAUACUCAAAGCUCUUGUCUUGGGCGAAGAAGAACGAGGACAAAAUCUGUAUCAGGUCAUGUGUUUUGUGACCAAAUUCAUAAAAGGUGAUUUCAUAUCAUCAGAUGCCAUGGCCAAAUUACGUCAAAAGAAUCCCAGUACAAUACGAACACCCGAAGAUGAUAAGGGCAAGGAUACAUUUACCAUGACAUCAUGGGUGCAUUUGAAUCGUUCACAGCCAAUAUCGCGACAUUUAAUGACGGUGUGUAGUGAGGCAAUAGAUGCUACCUAUGUAAGGGAUGUCGAUUUAAAGGCAUGGUCAGAGUUACCAGGUUCUUCAAUAUCCAGCCUUGAGGCAGCCACAGAAAAAUUCCCUGAUACUUUAUCGUCGCGUUGCAAUGAAGUAAGCAGCUUGUGGGCUCCUUGCAUAUGUACCCUUGAGACCUGUAUUGGUUGGUAUCCAUGUGGCCUGAAAUACUGUAAAGGCAAAGCGGUGGGUGAUUCCUCAGCAGCGGCAGCAGCAGCCUCCAACUAUCGUUGUGGCAUUAAGACAUGUCGCAAAUGUUCCCUAUUCUCGUAUUAUGUACGACAAAAACAGCAAUGUCUGUGGGAUGAAUGACGAGAACUGCAACGACUUGUGUUGCCAUUAACGAAUUCAUAUAAGAACAACCACUACAACAUACUAAGUGAAAGAGAUGCGCAACAAAUUAUCUUAAGCUGCUCAGUGUACAAAAUGUUCAAGACAAUAAGAAAACAAUUACUAAAGGAUUUGUUUGAAUAUCAUCGUGGUCAUCAUCAUCAAUUUUAUCAUCAUUCUCAUCGACAUACACAAAUUGCUGAAUUAAUGGAAGUAUUCCAUAUGCUGUUGAAGACAGCUGUAGAAUUGAAGGCUAUGGCGUUGAUUGUGAUGCUGGUAAUGGCAAAUAAGGAACUAUCAUCAUUUACAUCGAUUACAUCUUCAUUAACAGUGUCCUUGCCACUAGAAAUACCAUUGCCACAGGCGCCAUUAUGUAUAAGAAAAAUAUUAACACGAUGGCGAUAGUGAAGGCUUUUAUGGUGUCAUAGAGUAAUAUGCAGAAAAUUAAGUUUCGUCUUUCAAUGGCGAGGCAAAAUCAGUUGGCAGAGUAUAAGUGUAUACGAGUUCAUUACCAUGGGAUAUAUAGCAUAGAUAUAUGAUAAUUUUUAAUGAAGACUAAAGAAAGCAUGAGGUCCUAGGAUGAUGUGGGCUGUACCAACAUGAAGGCCAUAUACUUAAAUGCUUAUUACCUUUGAAGAAAUUGGAGAAUCCCAUGUAGAAAUCUUUGGAAAGGUUGAUGUUUCAGAUGGGUCAGGUAUAAACCAACUCUACUACUAGAAAAAGUAGAAGAUUUGGGACAUGUUGAUGUUUAAGAGUGUCAUACGAAGAUGGAAAUAUUUGUGAAAUAUUGAAUAAUCCAUGAAACAAAAAACCAUUUUCUCUCAUCCAAACUGAUCGCCAUCAUCUAUGGCCUUUGAACGCUGGAAACUUAUAAAAACAGCAGAGCCUACCAUUCGGCGGUUUCUACUACCACAUACCAGCGCUACCAGCAGAUACCAGCGUACCCCUACUCUGUCAGUUUGGGACCGUUUGUCAACCUUUGCUGUAUAACUUUUUGGUCAUCAGAAAAUAUGUCUCUAGAACAUAUAUGCGAAUCGGAUUCCCGUCAUCAUCUAGGCUACAGUUUUUUCUCAAACACCAUUAAAAACCUGUUACCCGCAAUGGAAUAGAAAAACUUGUGUCUAAUCUCUGAACCCAAGUAAGCGGAGCCUUUAAGGCUGCUGCUGCCAGAUGAGCCUACUCUAAUAUGUAAAUAUUAUGUAAAAUUUUCCUAUGUAAGUACAUAAUUUUAGUCCUGUAAAUGAAUAGGUUCUUAUGAAUUCAAACUGUAAAAGACAUACAAGAUAUUUGUUUAUAAAUCCCAGACGUCAGCUGUUUACAAGGCUCUUGAGCGUUUUUGGGCUCUGGAACCUAUUUUUAAAUCCUAAAACCUCAUUUUAUUUUGUAAUGAGAGAUUUUUUUUUGUUUUUUCGUUUCAUCUUUGGCUAAAGAAUCUACAAAUGUUUUUGUUUUAAAGUACCAUAUUGUAAUAGAACUUACCUUACAGGUAUCAUUUGUGAAAAAAUACCGUAAUUUUGCAAAUCUAUGCAUAAGUACCUUUUAUGGUCCUGUCUUUUAUCAUCUGUGAUUAUAAUUAAGCUUUGAAAUUUGUCUUAGUCCUAACUUAUUUUCGAUAGGAAAAUAUUUUAGCAAAGAGGUGAAUAGGUUUUAAAUCCAUUUUCCCCUCUGAAACUAAACUCAAGUAUGCGUUUUAAAGGGGAAACUUAAGGGCCUCAGGGCUUUUUUCACUUAUAAUUAAAAAAAUAUGGAGUUUGUGCCAUAAAGUAUUACAUCAAGGGGUAAGAUUUCUCGUUUCCUUUCCAGUUCCCGCUUUUGUAUUUUUUAGGGGCAUUAUAUUGUCGUCUACGUUCUAAAGCAGCAUACUUUUGUUGCAAACUCAAGGUCAUAAUUUGAAUAUAUAU